CAUCCUAGACACACAGUAAUCACCAAUUCCUCACAAUUCACAGCAAGAACCAAGUUUUUUCUAUCUAUUUUCAAUUUCUUUCUUUCUUAUGUUGUGUUGUGUUCUCAUAUACAUACAUGCAUACAGAACAUACCCCUCACAGGCUUGCACAUAGAGAUUUUUCUCUCUUUAAAAAAGAGAAAGAAAAAUAAUGAGGAGAAAGGUUUGGCAGGAAUCGAAGAAAGUGAGAGAGAGCAAGAAUCUUCAUCUUUCUGCAUGUUGCGUACAGAAUCUUUAAAGCGAAAUCCUGCUUACGUUAACCCACGACGCUGUUCCAAGAUUUUGUUCUUUUCUCUGGAACUUCCCAACAUUCUUCUUCCUCUCCCUCACCCACCAUCACCACCAAAACCCCACAACCCAAUAACUCAUCAUCAUCAUCGACAUCGUACACUACACACAUGACAUGCAUGUAUCUUCAUUAAUUGCUCAGUGAAACCACACGUACUACCGAGCCUGUGGGGUACUUUUCUAAAUUAAUUAUUAUCUUGUUCAAUUAAUGGCCGUCAACAACACCAACAAGCUUCUUCUGUUAACAUUCGCCAUAUGCCGUCUAAUAGUAACGGUGGGAUUAACGGUGGUCCCGGAGCAGCUCGAUGUGGGACUGGAGGGUCGACUGAGCGUGGACACGUGGGAGCUGGAAGCGGCUUCGGUGGACUUCGGGAGGCUGAGCAGAGGGGAGCCUUCGGAGGUGGUGCACCCUGCGACGGCGCAGGACGUGGCGAGGGUGGUGAAGGCGGCGUUGGAGUCGGGGUUCGCAGUGUCGGCGAGGGGACACGGACAUUCGAUAAACGGGCAAGCACUGAUAAGAGAGAAGAAAGGGGUGGUGAUUGAAAUGGGAAAGGGUGGUAGCGGUGUUAGAGUGUGUGAGAAAGGAAUGUAUGUGGACGUGUGGGGUGGAGAGUUGUGGAUAGAGGUUUUGAGUGCAACAUUGGGGUAUGGGCUGGCUCCCAUGUCUUGGACCGAUUACUUGUAUUUGUCUGUGGGUGGAACCCUAUCCAACGCAGGGAUUAGUGGACAAACCUUCAAUCACGGUCCUCAGAUCAGCAAUGUUUAUGAGCUCGAUGUCGUCACAGGAAAGGGUGAGCUGGUGACAUGUUCAGAAGAUCGUAACUCGGAGUUGUUCCAUGCUGUUCUUGGCGGUCUUGGACAAUUUGGAAUCAUCACAAGGGCUCGAAUUGCUCUCGAACCAGCUCCUACCAGAGUUCGGUGGAUAAGGGUUUUGUAUUCGAAUUUUGGAAGGUUUUGUGAGGACCAGGAGUAUCUGAUUUCUCUGCAUGGGAAAGCAGGGAGGGAGAGAUUCGAUUAUGUGGAGGGUUUCGUGAUAGUUGACGAAGGGCUGAUAAAUAAUUGGAGAUCUUCGUUUUUUUCACCAAGUAACGCUGUUAAUAUCACUUCCCUCAACGCUGAUGGAGCUGUUUUGUACUGCUUGGAGAUUACCAAAAACUACGACCAACAAAACGCAGAUUCUGUUGACGAGGAAAUACAGGGUCUGUUGAAAAAGUUACAUUUUAUAUCAACAUCGGUGUUCACAUCAGACUUGCCUUACGUAGAUUUUCUGGAUCGUGUACAUAAGGCAGAGUUGAAGCUUAGAUCCAAGGGUUUAUGGGAUGUUCCUCAUCCAUGGCUCAAUCUUUUCGUUCCUAAAUCAAGGAUAAGGGACUUCGACAAGGGUGUGUUCAAGGGCAUUCUCGGAAAUAAGACAAGUGGGCCUAUCCUCAUCUACCCUAUGAACAAAAGCAAGCAUGUGUAGAUCUCCUCAUAUAUAAACGACAUCUCUGUUCCUGACAACCUCUUAUCGGGUGUCAGUGUUAAGGUCUAUAUCUCAUUCCUCUUUUUGAUCCAACUUGAUUAAGGUAUAUAGUGUAAACAGAAGGAAACAAAAACACACUAUUAAAUUCAAUGGAGUAAUGAAAUAGAGGAAGAAGUUCUGUGAAGAAUUGGAUAAGGAAGAGAAAAUCUGUGCAACAACAUAAUAUAUAACGAAUAUUCCCUAUAAGUGUGGAACUUAAUAAUGAUAAUGCGUCCAUGAUUGAUUGAUUGACAGUAGUACUGUUGUCGGAAUUAAUGGAUUAGGGAUAUAAAAAAAGAACUGUAUGUUAUCUUUCCCUAAUGAUCCGUUUGUUUCCAGUUUCAUUAUCAUGUGCAAUAAUCCAAUGUUUGUAGAAAAUAUCAAUAGAAAAGUUUUGAUAAGUUGUAAGGUAGUGCAGAACUGCUGCACCCGACCAUGUGAAAAAAAUAUCAGGCAAGCCUAAAAACGAAAGAAUGUUUACUCCAAUAAUUUAAGUGGAAAUGUGUGAAAAGAACAAGAAACACAGCUAUAGCUAUGUGGAUGUAGUAGAAAGGCACAGAGACACACGAGGGUUGUAAUGUAGCCAACACGGGAGAUGAAAAUCUUGAUCAAAGCCAGCUAGGAAGUGACACGUUUAUUUUCUUUCCCUUUGUGAAGACCAUAAGAAUACAAAAUGGAUGGCCAUGAUCAUCCAACUGGGGAGAUUCUGGUGUCAGAAGAUCUUCCAUAGGGGCCACUCCUCCAAUGGUAGGGAUUUACACUAACCUAGUUCCAUAGACACCGUUGAGGUCGAUUAUUUUCAGUUUAGAAAGUGUCAAAAUUAAGUAUGAUGUGUUGAUGAAGGAAAAGAUAGGUGUUGUUUAGUGUGUGUGUGUGUGUGUAUAGGUAAAAAAGAAAGAAAGCAGCACAAAGGGCAUAAAGAAUAUGACAAGGUAGCAAUGUGUCUGACAAGUCAAAGGAUUGUUAACAACGUAGUAGUAAGUAAAUCACAACAAGUGUGUAGUGUGUGUAGAAUGAUUGCAUGGAUGAAAAGAAAGAUCCAAAAGAUGAUUUUGGUGAUGGUGAUGGUG